AUGGACAGUAAACGCCGCGUGAAGGUGACCAUUCAAGAUGAUUCUGUAGGUGUUCCUGAUCAGGAUCAGAUGUCGCCAUUUGCAUAUAUGGAUGCCUCAGCUCACCGGAUUAGGAAAGAUGCUGUCGAUAGUACAUGUACCACUGCCAGAAGGCAAGCUGACGCAUUGUCGCUUUGUAAUCUGCUUGGAAUCACAAUGGAAGAAGGCAAAACCGUUCAGGGUGUUUUAAAAAAGAUUAUCAACAUCCUUGACUUUCCACAACCAGCUAUAAAUCAGAAUUGUGACGACUCGUCCACAUCACUGAGUGUGCACCAUGACGCCAACUUAUCAGAGUCUAAGCCUCCUGAGCCCAAAUCAGAGGUAAAUCUAGUUUUUGUCUCACCAGUUAUGGCAGUGUGUUUGAAAUGUAGAAUGUGCAAGUUCCCUACUUUUAUGAAAGAGAAGCGAAUCAUUUACUUUUGUUGGAAUUAAUGGUGAAUGUAUAAAUUUGUUUCAUGUCUGACACGAUACGUGCACCAGACUCGGACAUAAUAAAAAAAGCUUUGCAAGCACGACCCAGCUAACAGAAAUCAUGUGACCGUAAAGCUUUAUUUGAUCUCUUUGAAUGUCGAGAACAUGAGUGACAAAUAAAUUAUAUGUGUACUUAUAAUUAUUGUUUAUAAAACUGCAUGUUUCUAUUUUUCCAACGUUUAGUGCAUUUUACAUGAAGUUGUCAUCAAAUGUAAGUGUCCAGAGUGGUGUCAAAACAUAGUAUAUAUGUCACCUGACAGGGAGAUAAAACAUCGUAUUCCCCUCACUAUACAAAAUUACCCUAUGACGUCCUAAUUCGGCAGGAUUGUCUCCCUUUUUGUUGUCUAAAAAACAGCAGCAGACAAGUGUUGCCAUGAUGUGGAAAUCUUGUUUUAGGUAUAAUAAACACGUUAUGGCCCUGGUUCUCUCAGCUGCCAUAUUUCCUGAGGGCCAUGAAUGCAUAUAUUGCACUGCAACCAGGGCCAUAAAUUGUUUAUUUUACCAAAAACAAGAUUUCCACCAC